AGAGAGAGAGAGAGAGAGAGAGAGAGAGGGGCGCCUGGGGCGAGGGGAAGGAGCUGUCAAAUGCACGGCUCCUUUAACCAGUGCUAUCAGUCGGGCUCGGAGAGUCAUGGCGACCACAGCGUCUAACCACUACAACCUGCUGAGCUCCGGCUCGUCCAUCGUGCACGCCGAGCCCGGUGGCAUGCAGCAGGCUUCGGCAUACAGGGAUGCACAGACUCUGGUACAGAGCGACUACACGCUGCAGAGCAACGGGCACCCUCUCAGCCACGCACACCAGUGGAUCACGGCUCUGUCUCACGGGGAUGGAGCGCCCUGGUCCACCAGUCCACUGGGCCAGCAGGAUAUCAAGCCCACCGUGCAGCCCAGCAGGGAUGAUCACCUCCAGCACCAGGCUAGAGCUCCUCAUCUGGUCCACCCAGCUCAUGGGAACCACCACAGUGCCGGGGCAUGGAGGACCACCACCUCAGCCCACCUGCCCAGCAUGGCUUCCACCAACGGCCAGGGACUCAUCUACUCCCAGCCAUCCUUCACGGUCAAUGGCAUGAUCAACCCGGCAUCCGGGCAAGGAAUGCACCACCACGGCCUGAGGGACGCCCAUGAGGACCAUCACGGCGACCACGGCCACCAACAGCCUCCCCAGCAACAGCAGCAGCAGCAUGAGCAGCAGCACUCUCAGCACCAGGGACACCACGAGCACUCCGACGAGGACACCCCGACGUCCGACGACCUGGAACAGUUUGCCAAGCAGUUCAAGCAGAGGAGGAUCAAACUGGGAUUUACACAGGCCGACGUAGGACUGGCCCUCGGCACUCUGUAUGGCAACGUUUUCUCCCAGACCACCAUCUGCAGGUUUGAGGCCCUGCAACUCAGCUUUAAGAACAUGUGCAAGCUCAAGCCUUUGUUGAACAAGUGGCUGGAAGAGGCGGACUCGUCCUCUGGAAGCCCCACCAGCAUAGACAAGAUAGCAGCUCAGGGGAGGAAAAGGAAAAAGAGGACAUCUAUUGAGGUUAGCGUGAAGGGGGCGCUGGAAAGUCAUUUCCUCAAGUGUCCCAAGCCAGCUGCCCAGGAAAUCACCUCUCUGGCGGACAGUCUACAGUUAGAAAAGGAGGUGGUCAGAGUUUGGUUUUGUAACAGGAGACAGAAAGAGAAACGGAUGACCCCACCAGGAGGGACUAUUCCAGGGGCAGAGGAUGUAUAUGGGGGGAACAGAGACACACCACCACACCAUGGGGUUCAGACUCCUGUACAGUGAAUCCUCCAUCAUCCAUCAUUUAGUACUUUUGAUUGUCCUUUUUAUACUAGCCCAGAACAAAGCGUCUCACUGGACUAUCUUAAAUGGUAGCAGGUGUAGUGAGGAUGUGUUUUGACCUUUGCAGGCGACUACCCAGGCAAUGGAGUAGAAGUGAGUAUACACACAAAAAAAACAUGUCAGGAGCUCAGAGUUGUAACAAUAAGCCACU